GACAAACAGACCGAGACCAAAGUCCAUCUGGACACAGUGAGAAAACAAAUGAGGUGACUGCCCGCAGCACAGAGAGCAGGUGGACAGUGGCGUGUUCAGCAAAAUUAUAGGGAGAGAGACGUUUGCUAAGAAGGUGAAUUAUUAAUGUUAUUUUAAAUGUACUAUACUAUUAUUAGCAGUGGUAAUGAAUGGUGUUUACAGUCACUCAAAUGGAAUAAUUGGACUUUGAAAUGAUGAAAUAUGACUUCAUGAGGAAUUCCAGAUGGUUUAGUUCCGCAUGAGACAUUUGGCAGCUCUGCAAAAACAGGAAACAAUAAUAAACAGUUCAGGGAGGUGGAGGAGAGGAUGGUGCACCUCAGCGGUGAACAGUCUUUCAUCUAAUCAUGCACUAAAGCCCCUGGUCCCCACCCUCUGCCUGGUGGUCGUGGUGAUAUAUGGCCUGGCUGAUAAACUCAGAAACUUUGUGUCUGGCAUCUUCAUCCCUCAGUACCAUUACCCGUAUGCUGUGGCUCUCUGCUUUGCACAGGUUCUGAUCUCCUUGUUAGUCUUAAAUCUCCUGCAUGUCCUGGAUCUGGUGCCUCUGAAGCAUUACUCCAGGUCCCUGGGUGAGAGGGUGCUGGUGCCUGCUAUCUGUAACAGCAUCCAUGAUGUGCUGGCCAUGUGGGCCAAAGCCAGCAGCUCGUACGCCGGCCUCUUCGCCCUCACCCUGCCUCUGCUGCCCCUGUUAACUGUUGGCUUUAGUUUCACACUGAAGCUGGCAUCGCCGCCACCUAUCCACAUCUCUGUUCUGAUUUCCAUCGUGAGUGGGACAUCUAUUGUCAUCUCAGCCUCCAAGGGUCCGUCAGGUAUUGAACCUCUGGAGUACAUUUAUGCACCUCUGGCUUUAAUCCUCCACAGUCUCUCUCUAACCUGGCUGGCUAAAGUGUCUGACGCUGAGUGCCGCCACUCCCCUGAUGCCCAGGCCUCCAUUUUUGACAUCUACUACACCCAACUGGUCAACCAGAGCUGGGUGCUGGGCCUCCUGUGGCUGCUGCACCCGGACAGUCCCUGGCAGGUGUUGAGUCAGGGCAGCUGGCAAAGCCUGCUCUUUCAUGGAUACCUGCUUGCUAUUCUCCUGCUGGGGGUGGCGUUGAACUUCCUAGUUGGUAUAUCGGCUCUGUGUGUCUCGCCGCUUUCUGCUGCACUGCUCCAUUCAGCAAGGCAGGCGGUGCAGCCAUUCUUCCAGCUUCUGUAGUUUCACUUCAAAGGACUGUAGCAGUGAGACAUAUGCAAUUCAUUCAAUCAUUAACAACAGUGUUUUUUUUUUUUAUUCUGUGUAGAAUAACAAGUUACCUUUCGACUUUCUCCCUUUCACAGCAUCAUGACCUGUACUACUGAGGCACGUACAUAAAAUGCAGCAGAGAAGCAGCUUACAUUAAGUGAUUGAAACCAUGACAGAAUAUUACAAACACAUAGCAAGCUAAUUAUUUACACACUAAGACCAGUUAUUGUAUUAAUGCCAGCAGCGUGUUGUAACAGAGCACCAGCCUCAGGACAGGACAGGAUGCAGCGUACCAAACCACCUAAACAAAGACUCCCAUUACAUUAGUUUAAGACAGAGCAUGGCCUUAAUAGUACAGUAGCAGUUUCAAAACCAGCUCUUUGACAGUGGAACAAGUACAACUAAGCUGCAUUGGUCAAACAAUUCAAGUUUUCAUUUAGAGCUGAAGGUGAUUCUGCCUUAUCAAGCAAAUAUCAACAUGUAUAUCCAUGAAAAUCUGCAGACAUUUGAGGAGAACUGUGAAUAAUAUCGAGACAAAAACUGAGAUUUUUUUUAUAGUGAAAACAGACUUUUGGAGCCUAUUGUACAUGUGAUGUAAUUUACUUAACAGUAUUUAAGAGGUUUAACUUCUCAUGUUUCACUCAAUUAAUUUGCAACCACAGCUUUGUGGGAGUUGUCCUUGAAUGACUCUGGACACUUUUUUCAGAUGAGAAGGGACAACAGUGAGGUUGUUUGUACUGGACACAGACAGUUGAGCCCACCUAUUACAUUUUGUGUUAAAAAUACCUAAACUCAGAUCUUGACUGAAUUAAUUUUUAACCAGAGAAAGUUGCCCUUGAAUGAAUUUGACUGCUAAUGUAUGUCAAAUGAAAAGGGGUCACGAUGAGGAAAGAGUUAAAUGGUGCCGACACCAUUUUCUUUCAGUCUCUUGUAAGUUAUUAUCAGAAGACAUAGUAUGUCUUAAUUUAAGAAUAAGGUAAUAAUUAUCAGCUUUUUCAAAAUGUGUACUGAAGUAUUACAUUUAAAGAAAAAUAAUAAUGAAUAAUGUUGAGCUGUGGUGAUGGUGCACCGGAGAGAAUCUGUAUACACUGAAUAAACUGAAAUGACAGAAAUAA